UUUUUGCGCUCUGUGAAACAAGCCAGGCAAAAUUUCCCUUGAUAGUGCGAGAAAGAGAGAGAUAUGCCCAGUUAUAAAAGUGUCGCCCGUAUUUACAAUUUCUUCUUGGAAAAGAAAUGGAGUGAGAUAAGGAUCUUUUACGAGGAAAACAAUUUUGAUGUGUUCCUGCUUCUUAAUGCUUUGGGAGAUACGGCUCUUCACCUUGCAGUGUACAGUGAAGACCUGGAAUUGGUGAGAUCUCUGCUGAAGAUAGUGUACGAAGACAAUCCUUUUGCCGAAGCUGGUAUAAAAUUUCCCUCAUCAGCGAAUGCAUCUGGAAACACACCACUUCAUGAGGCAGCUUCAAUAGGAAAUGUUAAAUUGGUAAAGCUGAUAUUGAGUUGUGGUGGCGAUCAUAUGCUGACGACAGUGAACAAGAAUGGUGAAACACCUUUUUUUAUGGCCGCACUUUAUGGCCAGACCAAUUUGAUAAAAAAUUUGGUGAACGAUCUUAAGGACAUAGAUUAUCAUAUCCUGUCUAAUACCUCCACCAUGCUUCAUGAGGCUAUCCGCGGCUAUUACUUUGAAACAGCUCUGGAAUUGUUAGACCCAAAAUACCGCAUACCGAAGGAUUGGGUGGAUUCAGAUGGCAUGACCUGCUUUCAGCUGCUAGCUGACAUUCCCUCUGCUUUCAAGAGUGGAUAUUCCUUUGACAUAUUGGAGAAACUGAUCUAUGACGGCCUUCCAGUUCCAGAAGAUAAGGAUGAAAGUGAAAACAAUGUAUCUCCGGUCAAUCCAAGUCGAAAGACUGACAAAAAGCAUGGAUUCCCAUCAGUCCAAAGUCUAAGAGACACGAAGAAGCAGCACGGCAUAGUGGUGAAGCUUACCGAAAUUCUGGCUAAAGAAGACAAGUCAUGGCAGGGUCCUGCAGAUGGUGCUAUGCCAAAAGAAUAUAAUAAUUCUACUGGUGCUCCUAUGCCAAAAAUUAAUAAUAAUACUACUGAUGGUCAACGUGACACUCCACUUAUUGCAGCUGCAAAGAAUGGGAUCCCAGAGAUUGUUGAGGCCAUCUUGAAAGUGUUCCCACAGGCCAUCGGGCAUGAAAACCACAAAAAAGAAAAUGUAUUUCAUGUUGCUGUGCAGAAUCGCAGGACAAAUGUCUUGAAUCUUCUCAAAUCUUAUAAAUUUGACUAUUCGAGGCUCAUUUGGAAGUUCAAUGCAGAUGGUGAUGGUAUUUUGCAUAAAGCUGCAUACAAGACUGGUAUUUCCUCAAGGGAGAGGCCCGGGGAAGCCCUUUGCUUGCAGUCAGAUAUUCAAUGGUUUGAGCGAGUGAGGAAAAUGGUGCCUGCACAUCACGCUAACCUACAAAAUAAGAAAGAAUGUACGCCUCAAUCUUUGUUCACAAAAGAGCAUGAGAAGCUCGUCAAGAAAGGCCAAGAAUGGUUAAUCAGAACAACAAACUCAUGCAUUAUAGUUGCAGUUCUUAUUGCAACUGUUGCUUUUACAAGUAUCUACACCGUGCCUGGCGGUUCUGAUGCAAAGACAGGCAAGCCGUUGCUCCUCAACACAACUGCAUUCACGGUCUUCACAGCAUCUGAUGUGGCAUCUCUUUGUUUUGCCUUCACCUCAGUGGUGGUGUUUCUUUCCAUCACUACAUCAAAAAUGAAUGAGAAAGAUUUUCGGAUGUCUCUGCCUCUAAAGCUUGUUUUGGGGCUCAGCAUGCUGUUUUUUUCAGUGGCAGCAUUGAUGAUUGGUUUUGCUGCUACUCUUGUCAUGACAAUAAGGCACAGGCUACAUCAGGCUGCUGCCCCCAUCAUUGCCAUUGCUUGUUUUCCUGUCGCCUUUUUCCUCUUCCUCCAGCUUCGUCUCUAUACCAAUAUUACUUGGUUUACCAUAAAGGACUUGCUGCGCAGCCUCAUUGAUAUUAUUCCGAAAAAAAUGUCAGCCUCGAUCAUAGACUAGGUCCAGCUAAGUCUUCUCGGAUGAAGAUGAAUGAUUCCUCUUGGCAAAGCUUUUUCUUUACUUUAUUUCUUUAUGGUUGAAAGUGUGAUUUUCAUCUACGUUACGUAGUACUUCAGCUAGCUAGCUAGAUUGCUUGCUGAAGAAUGGCAUCCCUGAUCUACGUUGUUGUGUUCUGUCAACAAUGGCCGUGAGUCCAUCAAUAAUGUAUGUAACACUACGGUAUUGUAUUUUACUGUGAAAUUAAGGGGGGCGCGCGCGCGCGCG